GACGUUCAGUCUCUGCUGCACUUCACCGGCGACCCCGACGCCCUGUGGGGCAGAAUUGCGUGUUGGAGUCGGAUCAAAGGUCGAAGGGAAGUCGGAAUUGGCAGCAGAAUCAGAGCCAAGCCGACACACUGCGACUCACUGAAAUUUGCGCCGCUUGAUUUAGGUCUUGAUUGAGGAAGAGCCAUGAAUUUCCAGUUUAGUAAUCUGCUGGGAGCGCCGUAUCGAGGAGGUAAUAUCACGUUUAAGAAGGAUGUACUGCUUCUGUCGCCGGUUGGGAAUCGCGUGUCUGUCACAGAUUUACAGAAGUCGGAGUCCACGACGUUGCGAUGCGAGAACGGCAAGAGCGUGAGCCGCAUAGAAGUGUCGCCGGACGGGACGUUGUUGUUAAGUGUAGACGAGGAUGGGCGGAGUAUUCUUGUGAACCUACACACACAGCAAGUGUUGCAUCAUUUUUCAUUCAAGGGGCCUGUGAGUGCAUUAAAGUUUAGUCCCGAUGGGAAGUUGAUUGCGGCAGGGGUGGGGAAGUUGGUACAACUAUGGCGGACGCCAGGGUUUCGGAAGGUUUUUGCUCCGUUUGAACUAGUGAAGACGCUCGCGGGCUGCCAUGACACAGUGACGUGUAUUGGAUGGAGCUCUGAUAGCUGCUGGUUAGUGGUUGGCUCUAAGGACUUGACGGCCAGAGUUUUUUCGGUGAAUAAGUUGGACGAGCUGCGGGCUGUGACUCUUAGUGGCCACCGGGAUGUCUUGGUGGGAGCUUAUUUUUCGAAGCCACUCCUGAGGGAAGACGAUAUCGCAGUGUAUACUGUUGCUCGUGACGGAGCCCUGUUUGAGUGGAAGUUUUUGCCCAAUGAGAAAGUGUAUAUUGGAGUAGAGGAUGAGGUGGGGACGAAGAAGUUAAAAACGAGUGUCAAUCUUACCACCGGAAAGUGGGUGAUAGCUGAGAAGAGAUUCUUUAAGCAAACUGCAAAGUUAACAACAUGUGAUUAUCACCAAGGUCUCAGUAUAAUCGUAGUAGGAUUCUCGACUGGAAUUUUCGGUAUAUACCAGCUUCCGGACUUCACGUGCUUUCACCUCUUGUCCAUUUCAAGCAAAAAGAUAUCUACUGCAACGUUCAAUGCUGCCGGAAACUGGAUUGCAUUGGGGUGUGCAAGUUUGGGCCAGCUCCUUGUCUGGGAGUGGCGUACUGAGACGCAGGUUUUGAAGCAACAAGGACAUUAUUUUGAUGUGAAUUGUCUGGCGUUCUCUCCCGAUUCUCAGUAUCUGGCCAGUGGAGCAGAUGAUAACAAGCUUAAGCUUUGGAAUGUGGCAUCGGGAUCCUGCUUCGUGACCUUCACCGAACACACAAAUUCCAUCACAGCAGUGCUCUUUCUACCUGCGAAUCAUGUGGUGGUGAGUGCAUCAUUAGAUGGAACUGUUCGAGCGUUUGACAUGGUGCGCUAUCGGAAUUUUAGGACUUUUACUACACCUACGCCAACGCAAUUUGUUUCAUUAGCAGCAGAUCCGAGUGGAGAGGUUCUUUGCGCGGGGACUCUCGACGGUUUUCAGAUAUACGUUUGGUCGGUGAAAACAGGAAGGUUGUUGGAUGUGCUGAGCGGUCAUGAAGGUCCUGUUCACGGCUUAUCCUUCUCUCCUACUUCUGAAAUGCUAGCAUCAUCGUCUUGGGAUAAGACUGUGAAGAUUUGGGAUGUUUUUGAAGGGAAGGGUAAUGUUGAAACUUUCACCCACACACAUGAUGUGCUGACUGUUGUUUACCGCCCAGAUAGUAAACAAAUUGCCUGUAGUACACUUGAUGGUCACAUUCACUUCUGGGAUCCGACUGACGGUGUUGAAGUAGCCAGCAUUGAUGGUAGAAGAGACAUCAAGGGUGGUCGACUCAUGGGUGACCGUAGAACAGCGGAAAAUUCCAGCUCUGGAAAAUCGUUUACCAGUUUGAGUUUUUCUGCCGAUGGCAGCUUUAUCUUAGCUGGAGGUUCUAGUAAAUACAUCUGCAUGUACGAUGUAGCUGAACAGGUACUCCUGCGAAGGAUACAGAUCACAAAUAACAAAGCUCUGGAUGGAGUCUUAGAUCACUUGAAUUCCAAGAGAAUGACCAGUGACGGACCGCUGGAUCUGAUUGACGAUUGGGAUAGUGACGAUGAUGAUAACUUUAAACAAUCAUACAAACAGUUGGGAUCUUCUUUGCCCGGAACCAAGGCGAACCAUGGAAGGCCCAUAGCCCGUUCAAAGGCACUGCAGCUUGCUCCGACAGGGAGAACAUUUGCAGCUGCUACUACUGAAGGCUUGCUAAUAUACUCCAUAGAUGACAAUCUUAUCUACGAUCCGGUUGACAUUGCCAUUGAUGUUACACCUGAGACCAUAUAUGAUGCUCUGGAAGAAAAGCUCCAUGCCCGUGCUCUGGUGCUGGCUCUUCGCCUCAAUGAGCCAAUGCUGAUCAGAAAGUGUAUAGAGUUUGUGCCUCCAGAGGAAAUCACGACGGUUGUUUCCUCCAUUCCAGUCAACUACUUGGUGACUCUGUGCACAGCUUUGGGUGAAUAUAUAUCGAAUUCCGUUCACCUGGAGUUCUUGCUUAUAUGGUGUCAGGAAGUUGUUGUAAUACAUGGGAAGACUCUAGAAGCACGUCAGGCACAGAUGUUACCGGCACUAAGGGGUCUGCAGAAAAAUCUCAUCGCAGUCCAUGAGGAUCUCUCCGAUCUCUGCUCUUCCAAUCUGUAUAUGUUACAGUACUUGUCUACUGCUCCUUCACCUGUAUCCUUGGCGCCUGUGACACCUUAGAUACUAAGAGAUUUAUCUGGACCUAUAUGCACGGACUAAAAAAAUUGUUGAGAUUUUCGCCUUGCUUUUCUGCAUGGGCAGAUCUUUGAGUACACAGCAUCAAGAGCUACAGCGUAAAUCGUUGAUCACAUUUGAAGUUAACACAAUCCUUGCUCUUUAAGUCUAGCUUGGGUGGAGGUGAUGUAGCGUGCAAAUCGUGUCUUCCGUGCAAUGGCUGCGGUGGACUCUUCUAAACACCCCCUAGUAGGCAAGAUCAUGUUCUGACACCGCGCUCUGGUUAGACAUUGGAUUGAAUGCGGUGGUCCCUUCUUGAUGGGCUUGCUCCAUAUCUUCCGGCUUGGCCAAGUGAGUUCUCCCCGGACCCGCCCCUUUUAAAACCAGCGUCUUUUGUUAGGCUACUUUCCUAUGAUGUUUAGGAUAAAGCCUCAACAAACAAUCAUUUUGGUGCUUUGGCUGCCUUGCUCUGAAGCGGUACAAACUCCAAAUUGUCUUGGGCCACAUUCCAACUGCCGUAGUUCAUGGUUCUGGAAUUGUGACUCCAAAUUGUUCUUAUUAAUUUUACGCUUUUGUGAUAUUUAUGUUUCCAAGAGAUUGGACUGUGAUUAAGAAU